UUUGGGAGAGAUGUUGUCUGUAUUUUAUGGAAUAAAACAACAAUGUUUUACUCAAACAUAAACCUAUAAAUAGCAAAAUCAGAGGAACUGAUUUAGAAACUGAAGUGGUCUCUCAAUUUUUUCCAGAGCUGUAUAUAUCUCUCUCACUCCCCCCCCUCUCUCUCUCUCACUCCCUCUCUUUUCACUAUAGCUCUCUCGCCCACUCUCUCUCUCUCUUUCCCCUUCACCACACUAUCGGCGCGUGUCACUAUUUGCUAGCUAACUUAACGCUAGCUAGCUAACCAACGGCUCUCCACGACCCUGGAAUGUAAUUUUCUCCUUCUUUUUCAGAAAUGUAUCGCCUUUUUCCUGAUUUUUCCACCCUUUUACACACAGGAGCGGUGCUCUGCGUCGACUGAGCCCAUGACCAGCAGGUUAUUUUUCGUUUUUCGCCCCCUCCUCCUUCUUCUCCUGCUUCUCCUGCUUCUCUCUUCAGCUCUGAGGGAUAUCUAAGCUAACGUUUAGCUAGCAUGUCGAUAAACUGAAGGAGUGGAGAGACACGGAGACGCGUCUAAUGCCGUUGGAACAUGUCCUAUGUUCCUGUUCAAGAGUGGCGAGUGAUGUCCAAACAGUGGCCUGGCCGCUGCUGUAAGCCACCUGCUCCUCUUUCACUGACACUCGAGGGGUAGCCAGGAGACGAGCCCACAUGCUGACACACACAGAUCACACAGAUGCGAGGUAUGCUGUUCCCCCCUCCUAUCGCUCCCAGGCCUCAUACGCUGCUCCGUCGUACGAGCAACCAGGCUGGAACCCACGCAUGAUUUCUGGAAAUCAGAUCUACAUGUUGGACCAGGAGGAGGUUCAUCCUCUGUUGAUGCGCGAGCGGCGCUCCGAGUCGCACAGGAACAAGCUGCUGCGACGGACGGUCAGCGUGCCGGUGGAGGGGCGGCAUCAUCCUGAGAUGGACCACGCCCGUCUCAGGAGGAAGAGCAUUGCCACCGGCAGGCAACCCAGCAUGGAGACCCCUCCCAUUGCCCCCCCUCAACCCUUCCGACAGUCCAGUUUCCUCAGUAGAAGAUUGAAGGGGUCUAUAAAGCGGGCCAAGAGUCAGCCCAAGCUGGACCGGACCAGCAGCUUCCGCCACAUGAUUCUCCCACGUUUCCGCAGUGCUGACCAGGACAGGACCCGUCUGAUGCAGAGCUUCAAAGAGUCCCACUCCCAUGAAUCCUUGCUGUCUCCCAGCAGCGCGGCCGAGGCGCUGGACCUCACGCUGGAUGAAGACGCCAUCAUCAAACCAGUGCACUCCAGCAUCCUAGGGCAGGAGUACUGCUUUGAGGUGACGACUGCUUCAGGGACGAAGUGCUUCGCCUGUCGGUCGGCUGCAGAGAGAGACAAAUGGAUCGAGAACCUACAGAGAGCCGUCAAGCCCAACAAAGACAACAGUCGGCGGGUGGACAACGUGUUGAAGCUGUGGAUCAUCGAGGCCCGGGAGCUGCCACCCAAAAAGCGCUACUACUGUGAACUGUGUCUGGACGACAUGCUGUACGCUCGCACCACCAGCAAACCCCGCACCGACACUGUCUUCUGGGGCGAGCACUUCGAGUUCAACAACCUCCCGGCCGUCCGCAACCUCCGCCUUCACCUCUACAAGGAGACAGACAAGAAAAGACGCAAGGAGAAGAGCACAUAUCUAGGACUGGUCAGCAUCCCCAUAUCCAGCAUCACCGGUCGGCAGUUCGUAGAGCAAUGGUAUCCCGUGAUUCAGCCCAGCGUGCUAGCCAAAGGAGGGGGGGUAGGAGGGGGCAAAAUCAUCAACGCCUCCUUGCGGCUCAAGUCUCGCUACCAGACCAUGAGCAUCCUGCCCAUGGAGCUGUACAAGGAGUUCGCUGAGUACGUCACCAACAACUACCGAACGCUGUGUGCGGUCCUGGAGCCACUGCUGAGCGUUAAAAGCAAAGAGGAGGUGGCCUGUGCACUGGUGCACAUUCUGCAGAGUACGGGAAAAGCGAAGGACUUUCUUUCAGACAUGGCGAUGUGUGAGGUUGACCGGUUCAUCGAUCGAGAGCACCUUAUCUUCAGAGAGAACACCCUGGCCACCAAAGCCAUAGAAGAGUACCUCAAACUCAUUGGACAUAAGUACCUCAAGGAUGCUUUAGGUGACUUCAUCCGAGCCCUGUAUGAGUCGGAGGAGAACUGCGAGGUCGAUCCCAUGAGGACGCCUCCGUCUGUUCUAGCCGACCAUCAGGCCAAUCUCCGCAUGUGCUGUGAGCUUGCCCUCUGCAAAAUCGUCAACUCUCAUUGUGUUUUUCCACGAGAGCUGAAGGAGGUGUUUGCCUCCUGGCGAGUUCGGUGUGCUGAGAGAGGGAGAGAGGACAUCGCCGACCGUCUGAUCAGCGGCUCCCUCUUCCUGCGCUUCCUCUGUCCAGCCGUCAUGUCCCCUUCCUUAUUCAACCUCACCCAGGAGUACCCAGACGAGCAGACAUCGCGUACACUUACCCUUAUAGCCAAAGUGAUGCAGAACCUCGCCAACUUUUCCAAGUUUGGCAGUAAAGAGGAGUACAUGUGCUUCAUGAAUGAGUUUUUAGAGAUGGAAUGGGGCUCCAUGCAGCAGUUCCUGUAUGAGAUCUCCAACCUAGACAGUGUAAGCAAUGCAGUUGCUUUUGAGGGCUACAUUGACCUGGGGAGAGAGCUUUCUAUCUUGCACAGUCUUCUCUGGGAGGUGAUGGCGCAGCUCAGUAAGGACGCCAUCAUUAAACUCGGACCGUUGCCCCGCCUUCUGAACGACAUAAGCAUGGCCCUUCGCAAUCCCCACCUCCAAAGGCAGCCCAGUCACCAAACAGACAGACAGCCUCCGGAGAGACAGACCGACAGGCUGCUGUCACGGCCCAGCUUCAAUAGAGGCAUCUCUUCCGAGUUCCAGAAUGUCAUGAUGAGGGACCUGAACAGUUCCAUAGAUAUCACUCGCUUGCCUUCCCCGACCUCUGCUAUGUCCAGCGGCGGGGUUCCUCCUUCUCGAGCUGGAAUGGGGGGUUAUGCAGAUCGGGAUCAUCCUCACCGGGCCUCCUCUAAAGACGUUUUCUAUGUUACCCGUCCUCCGCUGGCCCGCUCCAGCCCCGCGUACUGUACUAGCAGUUCCGAUAUUACUGACCCCGACCCAAAGAUUCUGAGCGUUAAUGAAAGUAUUUCUAUGAUGGACCUCCAGGACUCCAGAAUGAACAGCGUCUCUAACCUGCAGUCUGUGGGGGACAUGCUCAACUCUUCCCAGGCCUCGCUUGCCGGCCUCGGCAGCUUUGGUGGAGGGCUCGGCGGCUUAGGCGGAGGUCUCGGAGGUCAGCUGCGCGCCGGCGGCGGACGGAUGUCGGCGGGUUCGGGCGGCUCCAGCAUGUCCGGCGGUCUGCGACUGAGCCAGCUGAGCCAGAUGGGGACCACCACCGACUCGCUGUCCCAGCAGCAGCAGCAGCAGGCGGCCGCCCUCCGCUACCCGCUGUCCUUCCAGAACCCGCUGUUCCACAUGGCUGCCGACGGCCCCCAGCUCCACCACCAGCACAGCCGAGCCCAGCCCGCCGCGCCCCUCCUGCUGACCCCGGAGCCCGACCCCUCUCACCCUGCGUACUUACCCCAGUUCGCCCGCGGGGGGUUCUCCCGCAGUGAGGACCUCUCCACCCUGCGUCCCGGGCCUCACCUGGGGCAGCCCAGCAUCAUCCACUCGCACAGCUACAGCGACGACUACAGCCGCCAUAAUCAGGACUACGGGCGACGCCAAAUCUCCAUGCACAUGCAGGAUAACCUCCAGCAGCAGCAAAUGAUGGGCAUGGCCUCUCAAACAGGCACGUCUCAUUCAUCCCUCGCCUCACCCCCCUCUACCGUCCAGCCUGUCCGUCAGAGCUCCAUGGCCCCGCCUCCCACGCAGCGAAUGAAGUCUCAAACUUCCCACCAGCUUUCUGUGAGCUCAGCUGCCGGCGCCACGCCCCCGAGCAAGACGAGGCCGCAGAGCGGAAACCUGCUCCAGUCGCCCGAGUCCGGCUUCGGCGGCCGGCAGCCGGGGCCCCGACAGCAGCUCUCCGUCAAAGACAACACGGCCCCCGGCCUGCCUCAUCAGCAGAGCUCCACCAGGGAGAGCCAGGGAUCGCAGGGAUCUCAGGGGGGGACGCCGCAGUCCACGCAGCAGUCGGUGUCGCACCAGGACCGGCAGCACUCGCAACAGCACUCGCAACAGCACUUACUCAAGCCUUCCAUCAGCAAACAGGGCUCAUCUCCCAAUACCCUGAACCCACCCACCCCUGCCUCGGAGAGAACGGUCGCCUGGGUGUCCAACAUGCCACAUCUUUCUGCUGACAUCGAGAGCUCCCGCAUCGACAGAGAAGAGUUUAAGCUGAAGGAGUAUUCCAAGAGCAUGGACGAAUCCCGUUUAGAUAGGGUACGGGAGUAUGAGGAGGAGAUCCACUCUCUGAAGGAGCGGCUGAUGAUGUCCCACCGCAAGCUGGAGGAGUACGAGAGGAGGCUACUUACUCAGGAGCAGCAGACCAACAAGAUCUUGCUGCAGUACCAGAGCCGGCUGGAUGACAGCGAGAGGAGGCUGAGGCAACAGCAGCUGGAGAAGGACUCCCAAAUUAAAGGAAUAAUCGACAGGAAUGAAGAUACGGAAUGAAGACACUCAGACGGCCGCUUGCCCUCAGUGAAAGAAGUCACACUAAACUGGGGGUUUACACCUGAGGGAGCGUUCUGAAAAUGAGCCCAAUCUCUAUAUUCUACACAGAUGUAGAAUCUAGAAAGUUCUUCCCAGUUUGGCUCGUGUAGGACAUUCGCUUAUAUAGAUUGACAUGAUAAGAGGAAAAUUGAUGGGCGUAUAAUACAACAUAAUCAGAAAACUGACCACGGCAUUUGAAGAUGAUGGAAAAGCUCUGAAUUGUAAUGGAAGAGGUGAUGGAUCUCUAAAUCCACUGAACGCUGUGGUCCACACACAGGUUUGAAUGAAUACCUGCAGUGCUAAUCUAAACUCAUCUGGACACAAAUCAACUAAGAAUGCAUUGAACAGUGGGGGUUGGGCGGUGUUUGGGGUCGAGGCAUUUCGAGUGUGUCACUCAAGCUUGUCUAUAACCAGUAGAGUUUCAGAGAACACAUCAUCUUUUAAUAGAACUUUUAAUCAAAAUGCUGCAGUAUUGCAACGUGUCUUAUAGUUCACUCUUAAAAAGCUAUUGGGAAUUAUCUGAGAAGUUCCAAAAAAUUUGAAUUUAUUUUUUUUCAGUUUCAGGAUAGAAUAUUAUCGCUUCAAAAAGAAAGUAAGAAAGUAUUUUAAUAAAAUUGUCUGUCUUCCCCUUUUUCCUUUCUUCCAUAUAUCUGGAAUAUCCUUCGAGAAUUAUGUGAAAGGGUGCAUGGUGACUUUACUGUUUUAUUUGAUUGAUGAAAAGUUUCAUAUUUCAAAUGUUCAUGUUCUUCCAUGUAUCUGUGUUCCAUCUCAGUUACAGACUCUCUCUCUCUCAGACUCUGUCUAAGCUGUCUAUGGUUUACUAACAGACUUUUUUGUAUUACCUAAAAGCUUUUGCUCCUUUCUCACUGUGGUUAUUAUUUGUAUAUCUGUAAUAAUUUAUACCUGUUGAAAUGUUGCAUAAUUUAUUUCCAUCAACCUACAGCAAUUUUAUUUGCGAUCACAUUGACAUACAUGAAAUAUGCAAUCACUUACAGUUACAGUUACUACAGCGACUCAUUAUAACACUGCAAAGGGCCUAAAGUGGUUGCUAUGCUUCCUUCAGCAAACACAUGCAGUAGUUAAAAAACACUGACAUGCCAAAUAUCAUGGGACACACAUAGUAGUUUAAGAGCAUAUCGUCGCUGUCCAAUAAAAAUCAAGUAUCUCCAUUUUUGUAGAUUUUUAGUUUACUACAUAAUUUGAACAGACAAACUGUCCCUUACACUGUGCCAUUGGUUUAGGAACCGGGGGGGGUCAGAAAUAGGUGGAUUUGUAUCUCCCCCAAAAAAAUGAUACCACAGAAAAAGCAGAAAUUGUUUUAAAAGAAACUUUUAAUUUAUUUUUCCCAGUCUGUUAGCAGAACAAGACUUUACCCAAAAGUCGUUUUUGUUGCAGUAUAUUGUAAUUGUUGCGAUAGAGUGCUCUUAUCACUGACCUCAUGUGUAAAGCCGGUGUUGUGCCGUAAUCUGCACCCCCGCCAUGAAAAGCACCUCCUCUCGGGAGCGCCUUUCUAAUUAAAGUUAGCUAAAGCAAUUACCUCCGCUUUUAUGAAGAAGACAGUGCGUACACACUGCAGAGAGCGGGUGCUUUUUAUGGCGGGGGUGCAGGUUUAGGCGCUACUAUGGUGCUGAAUUCAGCAACCCAGCCAGGAAAAGCACUCCCUCUCUCUCUCUCGGGGGAGGCUGCAGGUGACGUUUCUUUUUCCUUAUUUCUUCUUACGAGUCAGCUUAGCUUAGAAUAGCAUCUUGGGUAUUUCCAUUUUCUAAGUAAAUUUAAAGCCAAUAAACAUGGGUGUGCGUUCCAGAGAGAGGGUGCUAUUCCUGGCAGGGGUGCUGAAUUCGGCACAACAGCGGCUUUACACGCGAGGUCAGUGAUGAGAGCAAUGUAUCAAAACAAUAACAAAAUACUGCAAUAAAAAAAACGACUUUUGGGUAGUGUCUUGUUCUGUUAAAUAGAACAAGACACUAUUUCAACAGAAUUGAAAUGCCAAUACAUAGUAGUAGUAAUAUUAAUAAUAAUAAUAAUAAUAAUAAUAAUAAUAAUAAUAAUAACAAUCAAAUCUGUUAUAUUAUUUUAAGUAUUAGCUGAUAACUGAUCAGUUUUUUUGUCAUAUAUGUAUAUAAUUCAGACAUCGCAUGCACAAUUUUUUCUAACAACAGUAAAUGUGUUGUGGAGUAACAUGUUUAGGUUGUAAAGUCACCUUUGGUUGGAUUUAACUAAUAAUACACAGAAGUACAGAUUUUUUUUUUUUUUUUUUUUUUUUUUUGUAAUUAAAUGAAAUGUGUCCCCCCCAAUGUCAAACCCACUCCUACACCCUUUCACUAUGCCACAUUUUCUUGAUAAAUGGAUCAAUAGAAAUACUUCACUUUCUUUAUCCAGUAAAGUGGCUGUUUUGGAGAUACUUGUUUUUCAUUGAACAACGACGAUAUACAGAUCGUAUAUACAGGGCAUUCUCAAGAUGUCCCCUAAAAUAAUAAUUCAUAAUUCAUCAUCAGGCAUAUCAGUGUACUUAACAGAUACCUACACAUUGAGAAGCAAGAAGUUCUCUAUAUGCAAUACAUCCAAGAAAUAGAUGGUGAAGAUUUAAGUCGGCCCCUUUUCUAACGUCUGACAGACUGUGUUUGGUGCUGUUUGUGAAAUAAGCGUAUAGAUUUUAAUUAUAGAUUGAGAUGUUGAAAUUUGAUAUAGCACUGAUGAUGAAUGAUAUAAUGUGAAUUCAUAUUUUUAUGUGGAUAUAUAUAUAUAUAAGAUAGGAAUCUUUUAGAGCUGACCUGGAAUGUUGGUUCGUUUUAUGGGUACUUUUUAAAAUGUUUAUUCAAGAUCUUCAACUCGAGAUAUAAGCCUGGUAAGACUGUGUUAGAGAUUAUAUUUAUUAAGUUCUGUCUGACUCUGGAGUGCAAUAUUGUCUAUUUAACUCUUUACUCCACUGUGCAAUAAAUAUGCCUUGCUUUAUGUAGCAGAAGCACAUCAGUUGUUGCGAUGUACAAACUGUACAACUUCUUCCCCCAAAUUCUGACCUGUUCCUGUGAAGAAAACUUAGCUUCCCUUCUGUUUAAACUUUUCAUGACCUGUAUUUUACCUUUUGUUUGUAGUCACUUACUUUGUUAUGACUGAGGGGAAGACGGCCCAUGACUAAACUACUUGAAAAGCAAAUUAUGUCUGGCUUUGCUCCUUUGAAAACCAAACAAAGCCCUCUUUCAGCAUUUCUAAUCUCUGGGGGAAAACUGUCCAUUGUCUCUGUACUUUUCAAAUUUAAUUGUUUUGUCUGUUCUUCUUUUUUUAUUUUCAUUACUUUCUCCUUACUGUUUUGUAAAGCAACAUAAAACUGUACCUUAUCAAUGGAAUAAAACAUCCAAUCCCAUUGUUGGAUCACAAAUCCUGUGAAUUGCAUUAUUUGCUUAGAUAUAAAAGUUUAAUUAGAAAGUUUUUGUUUUGUUCAGAGCACACACUGAAGCACGGUACUGUACACCAAACAAAAUAAAUGCCACCCGCUGAUGUAUGGCAUGCCUGCAUAGCACUUAUACCUGUCAGUAAUGUUCCUCAUUCUUCAUAAACAUCAAUCAUGUGUUGCAUUGUCUUCU